AUGCGUUUCUCCUCGUUAAUCGCGCUGCUUCCAGUCCUGGUUGCUGCCCAGGACCAACAGUAUGCUUUUAACGAUCAGGUUAAGGGAUGGUUCGAUCAAGUCAAGUCUUUCAUCCCACAGGCUCCUGUUGCUCCGGAGUCCGUCCAGCAAACCGCCCAAAAGUCCACAGCCAAGAUCGCGGAGAAGACCACUACUCAGAUCACCUUCAACAACUGGAAGGAUGUCUUGGAGCCAUCGACCGAGCCACAAGAAUGGCUUAUUUUCCUUACUGGUGGAAACAAAACAUGCUUUGGUCGAUGCCUAAGGGCUGAGCAUGCAUACAAUGACUCUCUUGCACUCUUUGCAGCGGACCCAACAUCACCAAACCUCGGCUACCUAAACUGCGAACAGGAGCCGAUUCUCUGUUCCGUAUGGGCCGCUGCAGCCCCCACUGUUUGGCAUCUCGACCUUCCCCAGGCACUCCCUGGUGAGCCACGUCCUGAAAUUCCUCUGCAUGUUGUGAACGUAAACCACACCACCGUCACCCCGGAGACUAUCUACAACAUCCAUGCAGAGAAGACGUACGAGAACGAGCCGCGUUAUGAGGGCUGGCUUCAUCCUUGGGAUGGAGCCCUCGCCCAAUACGGCUUGAACGUACCCCUUGGCUAUGUUAUCUACGGCUUCGGUGUGGUUCCAAGCUGGGCGAUGAUGAUUGGUAUGAGCUUUCUCAGCAGGAAUAUUAUGGGCCGUCGAGCGGCAAACCCGGGCCAGAUAGCCGGUCGUGGGUAG